AUGAUCGCACCUAUCCCACUCACACCGAAAUGGAUCAUUUUAUACUCCCUCAUCAGUAUAUUAUGUAUAUCAGUAUUCUUGUUGAGAGAUAAUCAAACUGGAUUUCCAUCUCUUGAAACAAUACAAGAGAUGUACAACCAGAAUUCGUUUUUCGACUCCAAUUCGAAUUCCAAUGCAUGUAUCUCAACAUGUCUUGUAGACCCAUUUAUGAGGAAAGGCGUAUUAGAUUAUCCUUCGCACGACCAAUACAACGAGACUCGCUGGAUACCACUCCCACCUAUAAGCUCCGAUAUAAACCAACAUAUCAAACUUGCGAAUAUCGAUUAUUCAGGUGAUCUGCCAAUUGAAGUGGAGAAUAUGGUAGCUGAACAGAUUACCGCAAAGUUGAACAUCCAAUUCCCGGAACAGGAGAGUUCGGACGCGCAAAGGGAUCCGGAUUCAGACUUUAAAUCGGACUUGAACUCGAGCUCGAACUUGGAUUGGAUGAAAGGGAGAAUGGUCGUUUUCUUAGAUGACCGAAACAAUGUCGAGCAGCUUUGCGGUGAGGUUCACGGUACUUUGUCGAAUUGGGGCGGACACACUGGUGGACUUUGUUACAUCGAGAGGAUUGAUCUCACAAUCGUCUGGUGGUUCCUAUUCGGUAUGGUCGACGACGAAUCACUUGAUGAAUGGCGUGCACUGGAAUCAAGACCCAUAACGUUCGAAAACAAAAUUGAGCAAGUCUUAUUGCCUCUUAUGAAAGAGGCUGGACUAGAGAGAAAACCUGAUUUAGUGGUGAUCAGUAGCUUGUUCUGGGAUGAAGGCUUCAUAAAGGAUUACCCAGUGCUAUAUCCCCCUACUAUCCCUCUUCCAGAUCAUUACAGAGACAAACCUGGAUUCUUCCUCACUCAAAUCCAAUGGCAUCAAUCAAGACUUGCUCAAUUGUUUACUUUCGUGAGAAAAACUUAUGAUGACGACAACUUACCUAUGAUGUCCCGUACAAGACAUAUAAGAAGUAAUAUGCAAUGGGGCGGAGGGCUCAAAAUUGCUCAAUUGGAUAAUGGAAUAAGAGAAAUCUCAGAGCGAAUGGGUGUAAGAGAGUUUAGAUGGGGCGAUUUACUUGAAGGUGUUUCAGAGUACUACGACAACGAUCAACAUUUCCCACUUGGACCAAACACGUAUCUAUUCGGAGAUAUGACAUUCUUUUAUCUCCGAAAGGCUAUAACACCGGGAUGUUGGGCUUGUCAUGGCAUAGCGGGGUAA